GAGCACUUGGUAUAAGGAGGGAUUCAUGAGUUGCAGAUAACACCCAGCAAGGUACUGAGGCAAGAUCUGUUAAAGGGAGAGGAAGGGAAGGGAAGGGGUUGGGGGGACGAAGAGAGAAACAAAGUUAGAGAUGGCAGUUUCUGUGUCAAAGAGGAGAGGAAGUGUUAAAGAUGGAAAGAAACCAGUAGAGGUUGCAGAGGUGGGACUGAUGAGCACAAUCUUAUGUGGGAUGCUCUAUCGGAUUCCAAUGUUGUUUCUGCUUUCCAUAUUUCUCUUCAUAUGGUCUUCUUCAUCCAUCAUAAUGUCUGGUUCUUUCUUCCAUGUCUGCGUCUCCUCUCGCAAACUCAGCGAUCUUUAUUGUCUCUCCGCAGGAACCCAUCCUAGCUUCCAUCUCCCUAUUCCCCUCAAUCAUACCAGUAACAAUGAGAGUGGUAAAGUCUUUGACGCUAUAAGGUCAAGUUUUGAUGCUAUCAACACCACUACCAGUGGCAGCAUCCACGAUGAUUCUUGGUCUACGUCUGGGUCAGCCAAGGACGACAGGAUUGACAACUACAGCAGCGGUAGCAACCAAGAUAGUAAUGCUGGUGCUGCCAACCAAAUCAACGAUGAUUUAGAUUCCAAGAUUGCUAAUGCUAAGGCAGUAGAGGAGCAAUUACAACUCCAUCAUCCCUUUUCUUCGGAUAAAAAAAAAAAACGUACGCAGAGCAAUGGCAAUGACAGCAAAAACAGUGGUAACGAUGAUAGAGAAACCACGAUUGCGAAAGCAGUUAAGGCAGUCGAAGAACAGCUACAGAUUCAUCGUUCUUGGGCAUCUGGUUCUUCCAUCAUGAAUCAUCAGGCUUGCGAUGGAAGGGGUGUUUUUGUGUAUGAUCUUCCUUCUAAAUUCAACAAAGACCUGCUCGGUCACUGUGGAGAUAUGAUGCCAUGGGAGGGUUCGAGUUUCUGUGAGUAUAUGGAAAAUGAGGCAAUGGGUCGGCCGAUUCCGGCGCUCGGCAAGGGCUGGUACCGAACCCAUCAGUACUCGCUCGAACCGAUGCUACAUGCGAAGGUGUUGAAGCACCCUUGCAGAGUCUACAAUCCGGAUGAAGCUAAGCUCUUCUACGUCCCUUACUAUGGAGGACUGGAUAUCUUGAGGUGGCACUUCAAGAAAAACACUACCGAUGAUGUCAAGGAUGCAUUGGGGCUCGAGCUCCUGAAUUGGCUUGGGACACAGAAAUCUUGGGAUCGAAACAAUGGGAAGGAUCAUGUUUUUGUGUUGGGGAAGAUCUCUUGGGACUUCCGUCGAACAGUCAAGGCAGCCUGGGGGACUGGUUUCCUGCACCUAGAACAGAUGCAGAAUCCUAUAAAGCUCUUGAUCGAGCGACAACCAUGGGAGAUCAACGACAUUGGGAUUCCACAUCCGACGAACUUCCACCCUCAGUCAGACGACGAUAUUAUAGCCUGGCAAUCGAAGAUCAUCAGUUCGAGCCGGAAGACCCUCGUGACAUUUGCAGGGGCAGAACGACCUGAAGACCCAUAUAACACAAGAUCUCUAUUGAUCAAUCAUUGUACGUCGAGAACCGAUGGAGCAUGUCGGUUCCUCGACUGCAAGUCAGGCGGUUGCAAUAAACCCGAGACGUUGAUCGAGCUGUUCAUGGAGUCAGAAUUCUGCCUACAACCGCCGGGCGACAGCCCCACUCGGAAAUCGGUAUUCGAUUCUCUAAUCGCAGGUUGCAUUCCGGUGCUAUUCGAUCCAUUCACGGCUUUCUACCAGUACCCGUGGCACUUACCAGAAGACCAUGGGAAGUAUUCAGUGUUCAUGGGUAAAGAACAGCUGAAGCAGAUGAAUCUGAACGUGGUGGAGAACCUGAAAGAGGUUCCUAAAACUCUGAGGGAUGAGAUGAGAAGGUUCAUAGUGUACGAACUAUUACCUGGGUUGGUUUAUGGAGAUUCAAAUGCACAGCUACAGAGGUUCCAAGAUGCUUUCUCCCUAUCCAUAAACCAUCUGCUUAAUAGGGUCAGCAAAUUGGAAUGAACCCAUAUUGUAUUUUUCUCUCUUUUUUGCUGUAACUGAACUG